CUUCUUCUUCACCCUAUUCGAACACUCUUACCUAAAGUUUUGACAGAGCAAGGUUUAUCGAAAUGGAGAGGCUAAACUCAAAGUUGUACCAGCAAAACUGUUACAUAAUAAAGGAGAAUGAGAGGUUGAGGAAGAAAGCUCAGAUUCUUAAUCAGGAGAAUCAACAGCUUCUCUUUGAACUCAACCAGAAGCUCUCCAAAACCAAGGACUCUAAUGAAUCAAAGCAGGGAAGCAGCACCCUCUCUUCGUCCAGUUCUGUUUCUGGACAAUCCUGAUGCAGCAAAACUCUUAGGACAAGUAUUGGAUUUGGUAGACUGAAAAAAUUAUCAUAACCCUUAGAAGAACCCAUCUUUUAUUAUUUCUUCUUUAUUGGUGCAAUGUAAGAAAAUAGUCAAAAGUUAGUGGUUAGUAGUAUUAUUAUUAUUAUUUGAAUUUGUGGGUUCUUCUAAAUUAUUUACUAAAAAAAGGACAGAAGCAAUGUAUCUUUCUGCCUACCUUCUCAGGGAUAUUUUACUUUUAUUUCCAUUUGUAUGUUAAUUAAAUUUUCU